CUUGCUUUAAAUUUUGCCCUGGUGUUUUGACUUUUAAUAGUAUUUAAUUGUUACUUAUAUCAUUAUUGAAGUUUUUACGAGGAUCGCAUUCGAAUGGUCGUAUACUUGUUGAUAUUUGAAUGUUGAACUUUUUACUAUUUUCUCACACAGUAUAUACAAUAAAAGGCGAAUUUAAUCAAGAAUAGUUUUAGAUGUGUCGUUUUGUACAUUUGAGAACUUUUAUCUUAUCCAUUCGCCAACUUUGAAUUAAGUUGGAGUAAUCUUUAAUAUUCCUAUAUUGACAUUUACGUGAUACACGCGUCGUCUGCUGGAUAUAUACGUGUCCAACGACUCUUUUCUAGAGACUUCUUUUAUAGUAUAUAAUAGAAUUAUGCAAUUUAUUUACGUAGAUUUGUACACAGUUUUCUUCUUACUGCUCUGCACAACACCAUUUGGUACUUCAAAAAAAAGUAGUGAAGAAAUUAAAAAUACAAUACUUCCACCAUGUGCAUCCUGCAAAAUAAUGGUUGAAAGUUUUAAAAAGGGGAUUGACAAGACAAGUCGUGGCAAGUUUGAAGGAGGUGAUAGUGCGUGGGAAGAAGAUAAGUUAGGAUCAUACAAAACUAGUGAAGUAAGACUUAUUGAAAUUCAAGAAAAUUUGUGCAAAGAUGUUGACCGCGGCCAGACCCAAUGUCAUUCUCUAGCUGAAGAUAUGGAAAGCUUCAUUGAAGAAUGGUGGUUUAAAAAACAGGACUCUGAUCCAGAUCUAUACAUAUAUCUAUGUAUAGAAAAAUCUGAAAGGUGUUGUCCCAAAGAUCAUUUUGGGCCCAACUGUGACAAGUGCCCUGGUUAUCCAAAUAAUGUCUGCAAUAAUAAUGGCAGAUGUAAAGGGGCAGGCACUAGAAAAGGAAGUGGUCAAUGUACUUGCGACAAAGGUUAUUCUGGAGAAGACUGUUUUGAUUGUGCCACUGGAUUUUAUGAAUCUUACAGAGACAAUAAAAAGUUGCUAUGCUCAGCCUGUCAUCGAGCUUGUAAAGGAACUUGCUCAGGUGGAGGAUCAAAAGAUUGUAAAGAAUGCAAUUCUGGAUGGAGGUUGAUAGAUGGCAAAGGUUGCUACGAUAUUGAUGAAUGUAUUGAGAAAGAAGAUCCUUGUUCACACAAUCAAUUUUGUGUCAAUAGUGAAGGCAGUUUCUCUUGCAUAGAAUGCGAUAAAUCGUGUGAUGGCUGUGAUGGAGAUGGACCUGAUAUGUGCAUCAAAUGUGCUAAAGAAUACAGAAAGAAGGGCAACGUAUGCAUAGAUCCUAAUGCAAACCCAGGUGUCAUAGGACGAUCUGUACUGGAAAAUUAUCCACGGUAUAUUACAUACGCAGGACUUGCCGUGGCUACGGGUAUCAUUUUUCAGCGUAACGUGUACGCAGCUAGUGUAAUCGGCUUGUUCGUUGCUCUCUACAUAUCUGUUUCUGAAUAUUUGAUAGCCACAAGUGACGUACAGAAUGCAACGCCAAAACUUAAACUAGUAGAAAAAUAAAUAAUUCUAGAAUAAUUUAUAAAUAAAGGGAAAUGAUAAAAAUAAUCGUGUGGAAAUGAUAAAUGAUGUAUUGCUCCAUUAUACCUAGACAGUAUUGUACGAUUUGCUAUAUAUUAAUCAAUAGCGUGAUCUAAGUCAUUAUUGAUAUUAGAAAUGAAUGUUUUCUACCGUACUUUUUUAUAAAUAGCCGAGCUUCUCAUGAUUUGUAAUAUGAAUUUCAUGAAACUGCCAAGAAUAUUAACUUAAUUUAAACAUGACAUUUUACU